GAACUAGAGGGGGAUGAGCAGAGAUCUAUUUCUGCUCAGAGGAAGAUAACCUGUUCUACAGUCUCUGUCAGCAGCUGAAAUGGCGCAGCAAGAAAUUCAACUGGACAGAGAAAGAUUCUGCUGUUCGAUCUGUCUGGAUCUACUGAAGGAUCCGGUGACUACUGGCUGUGGACACAGCUACUGUAAGAGCUGUAUUAACACCCACUGGGACCAUGGGGAGGAGAGAGGAAGCUACAGCUGCCCUCAGUGUAGAAAGACCUUCUCACCGAGGCCUGGCCUGGUGAAAAACACCAUGUUAGCUGCUUUAGUGGAGGAGCUGAAGAAGACUGGACUCCAAGCUGCUCCUGCUUAUCACUGCUAUGCUGGACCUGAAGAUGUGACCUGUGAUUUCUGCACUGGGAGAAAACUGAAAGCUCUCAAGUCCUGUUUGAAUUGUUUGGCCUCUUAUUGUGAAAAACACCUCCAGCCUCAUCUUCAGUCAGCUCUAUUGAAGAAGCACAAGCUGGUGGAGCCCUCGGAGAAGCUACAGGAGAACCUCUGCUCUCGUCACGAUGAGGUGAUGAAGAUGUUCUGCCGCACUGAUCAGCAGUGUAUCUGUUAUCUCUGCUCUGUGGAUGAACAUAAAGACCACGACACAGUGACAGCUGCAGCAGAAAGGACUGCGAGGCAGAGAGAGCUCGGGCUGAGGAGACAAACAAUCCAGCAGAGAGUCCAGGACACAGAGAAAGACGUGAAGCUGCUUCAACAGGAGGAGGAGGCCCUCAAUGCCUCUGCUGAUAAAGAAGUGGCAGAAAGUAAGGAGAUCUUCACUGAGAUGAUCCUUCUGCUGAUGAAAAGAAGCUCUGAUGUGAUGCAGCAGAUCAGAUCCCAGCAGGAAACUGAAGUGAGUCGAAUCAGAGAGCUUCAGGAGAGACCGGAGCAGGAGAUCACUGAGCUGAAGAGGAAAGACCAGGAACUGAAGCAGCUCUCAGACACAGAGGAUCACUACCAGUUUCUACACAACUACCCCUCACUGACACCACUCAGUCGAUCUACACACUCAUCCAGCAUCAGGAUCCGUCCUGUGAGGUACUUUGAGGACGUGACAGCAGCUGUGUCCCAGGUCAGAGGUCGACUACAGGACAUUCUGAGUGAGACAGAGAGAAAGAUUUUUCAGAUUGUGUCUCAAGUGGAUGUUUUACUGCCACAACCAGAGCCAGAGACCAGAGCUGACUUCUUAAAAUAUUCACAAGAAAUCACACUGGAUCCAAACACAGCAUACAAAUAUCUGUUAUUAUCUGAGGGAAACAGACAAGUAACAUAUAUGAGAGUAGAUCAGUCUUAUUCGAAUCACACAGACAGAUUCACUUAUUGGGAUCAGGUCCUGAGUAGAGAGAGUCUGACUGGACGUUGUUACUGGGAGGUGGAGGUGGGGGUGAGGGUGAGAGGAGGAGUUGGCGUAGCAGUCACAUACAAGAAUAUCAGCAGAUCAGGGAACUCACAUGAAUGUAGAUUUGGAUUCAAUGAUACAUCUUGGAUGUUAUAUUGUGAGGUUAAAAGAUAUAACUUUUACUACAACAGCAUCAAGACUCCAGUGUCAGGUCCUGUGUCCUCCAGAGUAGGAGUGUACCUGGAUCACAGUGCAGGUGUUCUGUCCUUCUACAGAGUCUCUGACACCAUGACUCUCCUCCACAGGGUCCAGACCACAUUCACUCACCCUCUCUAUGCUGGAGUUAGGGUUUGUAAUUAUGGAGACACAGCUAAGUUCUGUAAACCCAAAUAGACUCGAGUCAUUAAAGCAGUGAUUUAGAUUCUGCGUAUUAAUCUUUAACUUCUUUUUUCUCCAUGUUUGUUGAUCAAAGUUCUUCGUGGUGACGUUUCUGCUCCUCACAGAGAUCAGCUGUCAAUCAAACACUGACCUUCCUUUAUCACACAUAUUUAGUUCACUUUGUAAAGACAGAAAUCUAUAAUUACACUGAUGUGAAUGUGUUUGAAAGAACUGAUGUUGCUGUUGUUUUCUAAAUCAAUGUAGAAAUCAGGUUGUGUGAUGUUUUAUAACCUGUGUUGAUCCUGAUCCUCAUCAAUGAGCUGAUUAUUUGUUCUUUUAUUUUCCACGUGUGAGAUGGAGGUGAAACAAACUGAUUGUGUGUCCAUGAACUCACUGAACAAGAGUCACUGAACAGACUUUACUGAUGAAAUGAUCAAUGACCUCACCGCGUCAACAUGUCCAACAGAUCAACUUCAUAUUAUUUCAGGCAUUAAUAUGUAUGUAUGUAUGUAUGUAUUAAUUAGAUUAAUAUGUUUAUUAAUCUAAUUAAUACAUUGUAACAGUAGUAAGGUGUAAUGUACCUUCAAGACCUUCUGUGUUGUCCAGAUACCAAAGACCAUUACAACCUUAAGUCAUUUGUAAAGCAUGGACCGUGCAGGAGCUUCUCCAAACUCAUGAGUGACUGUUCAGGUGCCAGUGGCCUCUGAUGGAUUCAUGUGUGACAGGAUAGUCUCCGUUCAGCCGGGCGUUAACGUUGGAGCGUAUGUUAGCAAAAAAACAAGGGUCAUAGGAAACGUCCAUCUACGUUGUGUGUGAGUGUUUGCUGGUCACCAUGUUCCACUUGCUCCACCUCCACCCACACGGACCCUGAACUGAAGAUAAAUCACUAAUCUAUGUAUAAAUUCACCUGUGGGUGUGAGAGGAUAAUGUUGUGAGUCAGUGUCAGAAUAUUAUACAUAUAAUCACUUUAGAUUUAAUGGAUAAUAACAUUAACAUAUGGAGGAUUGCUUUGUUUUCAUUUGAUUUUAAUUCAUCAUUAAGGAUUUAAAUUCCUUUCCUUAAUUGUUUUUGAUUGUAUUUUAAUUUUGUUGGGAUUUUAAUAAAGUUACAAAGAAAUUCA